AUGCCAAAGCGGUCUGAGGAGAUGCUCAUGGAUCUGUGGAUGUCCUUGCUGCUGGUGUGGAUUACUUCUGUUCCCUGCGUGUCCAUGACUCCUAUCAUAGGCCAGUCCAAAAGUACACAAACUGGUGGGUCCGCAGCAGUGGCGAGCGGUCUUGGCGAAGGACAAAGAUUACUGAGCCGCGCCAAGAGAGGAUGGGUUUGGAAUCAAAUGUUUGUGCUGGAGGAAUUUUCUGGACCCGAUCCAAUACUUGUUGGCAGGCUACACACAGACUUGGAUGUGGGCAGCAGGAACAUCAAGUACGUCCUAGCGGGUGAGGGGGCAGGCACCAUCUUCGCCAUCAAUGAGCUAACAGGCGACAUCCAUGCCAUGAAGAGGCUGGACCGUGAGGAGAAGGCCGAGUACACGCUAACAGCCCAGGUCAUUAAUGCCGAUACAGACGAGCCCUUGGAGCCGCCGUCCGAGUUCAUCAUCAAAGUCCAGGACAUAAAUGACAAUCCGCCGCAGUUCAUUGAAGGCCCAUACCGAGCCUCUGUUCCAGAAAUGUCUGCUGUCGGUACCCCAGUGACAAGGGUAACAGCCACAGAUGCUGAUGACCCAGUAUACGGGAACAGUGCUAAACUGGUCUACAGCAUACUGGAGGGACAGCCAUAUUUCUCUGUAGACCCCAACUCAGCGACCAUAAAAAUUGCUCUCCAUGGGAUGGAUCGUGAGAUGAGAGAGGAGUACCUGGUGGUCAUUCAGGCCAAAGACAUGGGAGGUCACAUGGGUGGCUUGUCUGGAACUACGACUGUCACCGUCACGCUAACGGACAUCAAUGACAAUCCACCAAAGUUCUCUAAAAGUUUGUAUGACUUUAUAAUCCCCGAAGAUCUACCAAUAGGAAAAAUGGGCGGCAAAGUGAAGGCAAAUGAUAGAGACAUCGGCGAGAAUGCCAAGUCGACAUACAGCGUCAUUGAGGGAGAUGAACAAGGCGUGUUUGAGAUUGUUACGGACACGCAAACUCAAGAAGGCAUUCUCCGACUUAAAAAGCCUUUGGACUUUGAGACCAAGAGAGCCUACACGCUUAAAGUGGAAGCCACCAACAUCCGCUCUGAGCCCAGCGGCGGCCUUCCCUACAAAGACACAGCCACGGUGAAGGUUGUGGUGGAAGACUCAGACGAACCUCCGGUCUUCUCCAAACCCAUGUACUCACUGGAAGUGAACGAGAACGCCCCCAUCAACACGGUCAUAGGAACGGUCACCGCCAGAGAUCCGGACUCUAGCGGGAGUGUUGUCAGGUACUUCAUCGAUAGGCACACAGACCUGGAGAGACAGUUCAACAUCAACGUGGACGAUGGGAAGAUCACACUUGCCAAAACGCUGGACCGUGAGACGGACAUGUGGCACAACAUCACAGUAACUGCCACAGAAGUCAGAAACCACAGUCAGAUAUCUAGGGCAAUCGUGGCCAUCAGAGUAAUGGACAUCAACGACAAUGCUCCUGAAUUUGCCACAGAAUACGAGGCCUUUCUGUGUGAAAAUGGAAAACCUGGACAGGUAAGAAAAGAAGUGAUCCAGACUGUCAGCGCGGUGGACAAAGACGACCCAAUUCAGGGCCACUAUUUUGAUUAUCGACUAGUCCCAGAGAUGCUCAACAAUCCCAAUUUUACCAUCAAAAACAACCAAGACAAUUCAAUCAGCGUUCUAGCCAAGCAUGAUACCUUCCGUCGACAGAAACAGGAGAUGUAUUUCCUGCCAAUCAUCGUGACAGACAACGGCAAUCCACCGAUGAGCAGCACCAACACACUGACCAUCCGAGUCUGUGGGUGCAGCAAGGACGGCAUCGUCCAGUCCUGCAACGUGGAGGCCUACGUCCUACCUAUUGGCCUCAGUAUGGGGGCUCUCAUCGCCAUCCUGGCCUGUAUUAUAUUGCUGUUAGUAAUAGUAGUACUAUUUGUGACCCUGAGGAGACACAAAAAUGAGCCCCUGAUUAUCAAGGAUGACGAAGAUGUGAGGGAGAAUAUUAUCCGGUAUGAUGACGAAGGAGGCGGCGAGGAGGACACGGAAGCUUUCGACAUAGCUACGCUGCAGAACCCAGAUGGCAUCAACGGCUAUCUGCCGCGCAAGGACAUCAAGCCCGACCUGCAGUUUAUGCCCAGAGCGGGCCAGCACUCGGGCCCCAAUGGUGUGGACGUAGAUGAGUUCAUCAACGUGCGGCUCCACGAGGCAGACAAUGAUCCCACAGCACCGCCUUACGACUCCAUCCAGAUCUAUGGAUACGAAGGCCGGGGAUCCAUUGCCGGCUCUCUCAGCUCACUGGAGACGGCGUCAUCAGACUCGGACCAGAACUAUGACUAUCUCAGAGAGUGGGGCCCACGCUUCAGAAGACUUGGGGAGCUCUACUCUGUGGGUGAGAGCGACCGCGAGACCUGA